AUAUCGAUAAAUUUUGGGUAUCUCCGUUUAGUUGUCAAAGUAGCUAAAGAUGGCUGACCGCUUGACACAACUUCAGGAUACAGUGAAUCAACAGGCUGAGCAUUUCUGCAAUGCUAUCGGUAUUAUUCAACAAACAUCUUUUCCAAGCAAGUUUCCGAACUUUGAUCGAACUGGUUCCCAAACACCUCUCCAAGCAACACCACAAGAAGAUUACGCUCAGCUUUUUGCCCAAUUGAUUUCGCGUUGUGCUAAAGAUAUAGAUACGCUCAUCGAAUCCUUACCAAAUGAAGAUAGCUCUACUGAGCUUCAACACCAAAGUCUGAGGAGACUAGAAAUUGAGAAUCAGGAAUGCGCAAAAAGACUUGACGAAAUUGUUCAGAACGGUGAUGUUUUGCUGGGGAAAAUACAAAUAGCGCUUGAAGAUAUUGCUCAAGCACAAUUAGAAAUGCAUAUAACUUCUACAAAUAACGUUUUCUAGUCGUCUUGGAACUAAUUCUAGAGGGAUUUUUUAAUAAAAGCGGCUAAAAGUGGUUUUGCCGGCUUUGCGUAA